GAAAAAGUCUACGUUCCCACGAGAGUUUAUGAUAACGUUAACAUUUUCUCGUAAGUGUAAACCUGAGAACAGAAACGGAUUCCCUUUCAUAAAAAGAUGGAAAGGUUACUUCAGGUGCAUGCCCUACUGUUACUUAGAAUUUUCUCAUCGGCAGAUGUGGACUUUGACUGUCAACCCGUCUGAGCAAAGUUUACGUUCCCGCGGGAGAGUUUAUGCUAACGUUAACAAAAUAUUCUCGGUAUAUACCCGUACAUGUCUUACAUGAAUCAGUUUAGAGUUCGAUGCAAAUCGCUAUCAUGUCGGCGGCAAAACGUGUAAAAUUAUCUACGAAAAAGAGUGCACCAAAAGCGAGUGGUAGUUCUUCAACAACGACAGUACCGAAAAAUACAAAAACUGCCGAAAAACCUCUUCCGCAAGAAGCUAUCAUUAAUUUAGUGGACGAGGAUGGUCCAACUGAGAGAAUAACAACAACAACGACUCAUCUAAGAAACAGCGCGUUUAAUACCUUGGAUGAGUUGCUGGAUCAGUUGGAUGGAAACAUCCACCACGUGUACGCUCCCCAAAGAGUGGACAACAACAUAAAAGGCACCGUCAAUAACAUGCAACAUUAUCAAACCACCACCAGCCUACAGCCGGCUCAAACAGCACCGCAAUCGACAAGUUACCAGUUACAAGUGGACAACAACAUAAAAGGUACCAUCAAUAACAUGCAACAUUAUCAAACCACCACCAGCCUACAGCCUGCUCAAACAGCACCGCAAUCGACAAGUUACCAGUUACAUAUUCCAGAGGGGACCGCCCGUGUGCUACAACAUAUUAUAAUACCACCGCCACCACCACCGGCAGAGCCGCAACUACAAGGAGCACAACAACAGACGAGUACCGUCGGUCAAUCUCAGCAUGCACAAAAGGACAUGAAGCUUCUGAGGGAGGUGUUCGAACAAAGCUUCUAUGAGACGAUCUCCCAGCCUCGUUCAGAAACUGGAGAAAUAAUUCCACCGAUCCAACUUCCAACAGCCGUCGUUCCCUCAUGGAUUGAACCUGCAACACCCCGUGAAUUGGCGAAGGCGUCGCUUGCAUGGUUGCAACAGAAGGCUCCUGAAUACAUGCAGCGGUACGAAGACGCGCAAAAGGGGAACUCGGCGGCUUACAGCGAUAGACCGUGGUACAUUGUCUCAUUAGAAGCCGCUCUCGCAUUGUGA